AUGUCAGGCCCAAACCUUCAUAACGCUCUCCUCCGUCCUCCGAUAAUCCAAAUACUACGCGCCCAAGGCUUCCACUCAACACGCCCCUCAGUCUUGGAAUCUAUCCAGGAUCUCACUGGACGGUAUCUGAUCAUUCUCGCCUCAUCAGCAGCUCAACAUGCCGCAAAUGCCCACCCAUACGACCCAGUCCCGGGUCUCGAAGAUAUUUAUCAAGCUCUGCUAGAUGCGGGAGCUAUACGACCACAAUUGCGCGAAUGGGAAGAGGAUUGGCAGGGUGAAGAAGAUAUGCGUGGUAUCGAUGCUUUCCUCGGCUGGAUCACUGGGCCUGUCCACCGUGAAAUUCGACGUGUUGCUGGAUUUCUGCCCAGCGAGGGUGACAUGGUGGACCCUGACGCCGUCGAAAAGGAGGAUUACUUGACUGCAUUAAAGAAGAAACACAGCAAGACUGGCGAGGAGUCCCGCUACGCUGGAACUGUCCUGGGAAAACAUGCCGAGGAACACCCUGUCAUCAUUGAGGGUGGUGCCCCCAGCAUUCAAGACUGGACUGCACAGGUUCGUGCUCGAGUUUCCGAGCCGCCAGAAAGUGACAGUUCAGGUGUGAGCAGUGCACCAAGUCAUCUCUCUGAGGACCAAGUUAUGGAGGGGUGA